AUGGAAACUGAUCGAGACAAGCCCAUCUCCCAAACCUUACCUCCUGAAUUGUUCACAGAUUCUGACCAACCCAUUCCGUUGGAUCUGGAGCAGCAGGGGAAAAAUGGGGAUCGACGAGAAUUCUCAGCAUUCAAAUCCUUGGGCUUCCUCGAUCGGUUUCUGGCCGUAUGGAUUUUCUUGGCCAUGGCUAUUGGUAUAAUAUUAGGCAACUUUGUGCCAAGCAUGUCUACAGCCUUGCAGAAAGGCGAGUUCGUAGGAGUUUCUGUUCCCAUUGCCGUCGGACUGCUUGUCAUGAUGUAUCCGAUCCUUUGCAAAGUGCGAUACGAAUCGAUGCACGAAGUCCUCGCUCAUAAGGAAUUGUGGAAGCAGAUUGGCUUCAGUGUACUUGUUAACUGGAUUUUUGCUCCCUUCCUCAUGCUUGGCCUCUCUUGGGCGUUUCUUCCUGACAAAGCUGAACUCCGUAUUGGUCUCAUUCUUGUUGGUCUUGGAAGAUGCAUUGCCAUGGUCCUGAUUUGGAAUGGCCUUGCCGGAGGUAACAACGAGUACUGUGCAAUUCUUGUCGCUAUAAACUCAAUCUUGCAAAUGGUUCUCUUUGCACCCCUCGCAAUUUUCUUCAUAUCCAUCAUCGAUAAGGACCCAAACGGUAUACGGGUAUCAUACUCAGUUGUUGCCACCAGUGUUGCUGUAUUCCUCGGCAUACCUCUCGGGGCUGCUAUAAUCACCCGCUUCGCACUCCGUGGCAUAGCUGGUCCUGUCUGGUACGAACGAGUAUUCAUCCCACUGGCAUCCCCUUGGUCACUCAUUGGCCUUUUGUACACGAUCCUUGUUUUAUUUGCCUCCCAGGGCCACCGAGUCGUUCAUCAGAUUGUUUCUGUUAUUAGGGUUGCUGCUCCACUAAUUGUGUACUUCAUUAUCGUUUUCUUUUCGACUGUUGCAAUUUGUCGUCUGCUUGGCUUCAAAUACGAAUAUUUAACGACCCAGAGCUUCACAGCUGCAAGCAAUAAUUUUGAGCUUGCUAUUGCCGUAGCCGUGGCAACAUUCGGACCUGAUAGCGACCAAGCACUUGCCUCGACAGUUGGCCCAUUGAUUGAAGUCCCUGUUCUACUUGGGUUAGUAUAUACGCUGCGAUGGAUAGCCAGGAGGUGGGAUUGGAAAUAA